AUGAGCUUCCCCUUAAACGAAGUCUGGAGCGAACUUCUGCGAUCUACCUCAAAUAAUGAAGCGAUCCUGAAAGAACUUCUCGAAGGUCGUCCAGAGGUCGAACGGGCAACAGAUUUAAACUGCAUGCUUAUGAAUUAUAUUUCUAUCAUCUACAAGGUCUUCAACAUAAAGAUAGAACGUGAACAGAUUGAUCCAAGAGUUUGGCUACCCAGUGACCACGAUUUUAUCGAAAUGCUGAAGUUAUUGGUACGCUACAUAAAUGACAUCACUACAUGGAUUGAGGACCAUGAUCAAACCGGCGUGCCUUGGACCUCUAUUGGUGAAUUUUACGCAAAGUCAUUGCUCGAAGUCGACGCGCAGUGUCAGAGAUGGUGGGUAUUGGCCGAUAUGACCAUCUUCAAUCCGGUCACUACUCCGUUCAAGACACUUCCAACGAUGCCGCUUAAUGAAGAAAAUAUUCUGGAAAAAUUCAAUCCAGCUACCUUCAACCGGUUUCAAGGCGCACCAUCAUUGUCACACAUGGAAGAUAGUCCCACCGAGAUUGGUACAUUUAGAGCUCCGCCGUCGCCAGCAUCAUCAUCAUCGAAACGGCGUCAACCCUCCGCUACUGCUUCCUCAAGUAUCAGUUGCCAACCCUCAACGAUGUCCCUCGACAAAGGCCAGAUGCCAGUCGAAUUUACUGACAGUUGGAAUGAUGGUGGAGAUUCAAGCUUUUCCUCGCACAAUUCAUAUUGUGAUAUAGAUCAGAGCUUCUUAUAUAAUGGCGGCCUCGAACCUGGAGGGCUUGCUGUACAACAGACUCCUGUUUUCAUACCACGCACACCUCGAUUGGAACAGAAGGGAUUCGCACCAUCACCCAACCCGAGUUUGUCAUUUCAAACACCUGUUGAUAAGCGGAGCAGAUUCUAUCAGCAAAUACCUCCGCCUGCUAGAAAGAUUGCUAUACCACGGCUUGAAAAACAUGGGACUUUUGAGCCACUCUUGCCAGCAACCGAACACUCAGAACAUCGACCUUCUCUGCAUACUCCACAGACGUCCACUUCUGGACCAAUUAGAAAGAGAGGGUACACAGAUGUUUUGCCGCAAGCUUUGAGAGGAAACCUAAAAAAGCGACGAGUAGUGGCUGGUGAGAUACCCCAGCGUAAAUCUGGAUACACUGGAAUGCAAGAAUUUCCACCUGGCCCUAAACCUCUGCAUGGCUCCCUAGGCAGCAUUGCGGGAUUUUCUAGCGGAUCCUAUAAUACCAAUCACUCAGCCUCGGCAGCUUCCAGUCCCGUCGAGAGAAAUGGGGAAACGCUGCGGACUAAUCUCAAUAGCGUUUCACACAAGGUUGCAAUCGGUUCGCAGAUGGAUUGGAGUAACACAAUUUCAACCGAAAAUAGCCCACAAGGGAGAGCUGGAAACAUCCUUACCACACAGCAGGACUGGAACGACACUGUAUCAGCCGCCUUUGACUCAGAACAGGGUGCGGCGAACACAGGUCUCGGAAUCUCAAGUCCAGAAAUCAGUCGCGAUUCCUCAAACUUUCCAGGAAUUCCUAUGAUGUGUACAGAUAUGAGUAUAGGAAAUGCACGCCCGGCUAGAUCCCAGCAGCCAAUAUACUUCAGUUCACCAAUACACCCCUCACCGAUAACCGGAAGUAAUUCACAGGGUGCUAGCCAUAAAAGCUCACGACGUCUGCACCACGGUGCAGUCAAGAGAGAUUAUGUUUUAGGCGAAGAUCAAUCUUUAAAAAACGACCAGUCAAAUGUGUUCAAACAAUGGUAA